AUGUCAGCUAACCCAUCCUUCUGCUCAAAUGAACUUGAAAUAGUUGAAGGGAGCAUUUUGGGAAACCACUACAAGGUAGAGGCUUUCCUCAGAGAAGGGGGCUUUGGUAUUGUAGCCAAAUGUCGUGAUACCAAAACUAACCGAGCUGUGGCUAUUAAAGUCAACAAGACCCGCCCUGAUAUUCUGCAACAUGCAAAACUGGAAAUUUUCAUUCUGGAGCAGCUGCGAAGGUUGGAUCCAGAUGCUGCCAACAUUGUUCAAUGGAAUGGCUUUUUCCACGACGGAGAGCGGGUUUGCCUAAAGUUUGAACUCCUUAAUCAAUGCCUGUGGGACUACAUACGGAACCGGAAAAACCAGGGUCUCCCCAUAAGCGAAGUCAGGCCAAUUUUAGGUCAACUCACAAAUGCUCUGUCCCACCUGGGUUCUGUGGGAAUAGUGCACGCUGACCUCAAACCUGGAAACAUCAUGGUUGUGAACUGCCAUGAGUCUCCCAUCAAAGUCAAACUUAUAGACUUUGGCCUCGCAUGUCCUGCGUCUGCAGUGAUGCCUGGUGACCGUGUGGGGACGGUUGGUUAUAGUGCACCUGAGGUUAUGCUUGGCCUUCCUUACAAUGAAGCAAAUGACAUGUGGUCUCUGGGGCUGGUAGCUGUGGAGCUUGGUACAGGCGUGCCACUCUACCCUGGAAAUGAAGACUAUGAUGUUUUGAAAUUCAUCAUAGAGACUCAGGGUCAGCCACCAGAUCAUGUUCAAGACUCUGGCGUGUACACUGAAGACUAUUUCAUUGAAGACAACGACAACCAACAGCGCUGGACAUUUAAGACUGACCAACAAUUUCAGUAUGAGACAGGAUAUGAGUCCCUGGAGACAAGAUACAUAAAACUGACGCGUCUCGAUGACCUCGAACAAGUAAUGAUGUUUAGACGAGGACCUGAAAAUGGCCAACGUUUGUUUGUCAGCUUAAUUAAACAGAUGUUGGCCUUGGAUGCACACCAGCGCAUAACACCCUCGGAGGUUCUCCGGCAUCCCUUUUUCAACCCUAAGAGUUCCCCUUGCAUUGACAUGAGUGCUGAAAGACCACAAAACCCUGUGGUCUUUCAGCACCCUUCAAACUUGAAAUGCAAGAGAUCACAGAAAAUCAACUGCAGUUUCCAAGACUCGGUUGAAUUUACUCAGCAAGUAUUCGUCCCCACGUCAGCUAACCCAUCCUUCAGCUCAGAUGAGCUCAAAAUAGUUAAAGGGAGCAUUUUGGGAAACCACUACAAAGUAGAGGCUUUCCUCGGAGAAGGGGGCUUUGGUAUUGUAGCCAAAUGCCGUAAUACCAAUACCAACCGAGCUGUGGCUGUUAAAGUUAAUAAGAACCGCACCGAUGUUCUGUACUCAUACCACCGCUCAGCCACCAUCGCUCUGGCAGAAAGGGAGCUAGAGCCAGAGCAGGGGAGAGGCGAGCUGGAAUAA